AUGAUUUUACUACCUGUGGUAGAUAAUGAUGUGUUGAUAUUUGACGUGGAAGUAGUGAAGGAAUUAAGAACUCACGGGAUAUUGGGAGAAUUAUCAGGAACAUUAGCCUCAGCUCCUCAACAGAAUAAUCUUUUAGGUUUACCUUUGAUUUUAACAGUUUAUGAGAUUUUAUGGUUAGUUGAUUUGGGGUUAGGAAAAUUGAUUGAUGGUACUAAAUUACCGGUACCACAAAUAAUGUCCCCCGAUAGACAUAAGAUGAUCAACACCAAUAAGGGAGGAUCGUUUUAUCAUGUAAAGUAUGGUUAUACUCAAGAUCAAUUGAGUAAUGAAGAAAUUUCUGUUGAUAAAUUCAGAUGUCAAGUGAACGAAAGUUCCUACAAAGUGUUCAAAUAUCUUAAAUCUAAAGGAUAUUGGAUACUACCAGGAUUGAAAUUUGGUGGGACUUUUGUGGCAUACCCUGGAGAUCCAAUUUUAUUUCAUAGUCAUUUAAUAGUAGAGCCUAUAAGUGAGGUGAAUUAUCUUGAUUUAGUAGUGAGUGGUAGAUUGGCCACAGGGGUGAAGAAACUAUUUGUUAUUGGGGACUUCGAAGGCAUUGAAGAUGAAGAUUUGCAUAAGGAGAUAAAGGAUAUUGAAAUAGAGGGCACUAGUAUAGGAGAAACAGAAUCAAGGGAUACAGAAUUAAAGGAUACAGAAUUAAAGGAUACAGAAUUAAAGGAUACAGAAUCAAAGAAUACAGAAUCAAAGAAUACAGAGUCAAAGAAUACAGAAUCAAAGAAUACAGAGUCAGGAGAUUCAAUCAGCCAUAAUAUUCAUAGCAUAUUUUCCAUUGAAUGGGCAGGCUUCGGUUAA